AUGACCAUCGGGGUUCAGCUCACCGCCUCUAUCUUCGACAAAAUGACUGAAGCGAUGCUCUGUUUCAAAGAAUUCCAAGUUGAUCAGGAAAAUGGGAAUGAGUACGGAGCAUCUGCAUCAUCGUUUUGGUACAAUCUAAGAGUACAACAUCCUUGCAGGGAAGUACCAAUUCUGGACUAUGAUUUAGCCCUAUUGUUUCAGCCUAUGCUCAUGCUUAGAAUCACAUUUGGUGUUGCUCUUAGUGUCGUUUUUCCCUAUUGGCUCAUCACUGUUCUCAUCAUCAUCCUCUUCUUAGGAACAUCUUCAAGGUCUUUCUUUAGGGGAAUUGAGAUGUGGAAAGAAGAGUCUAAUACUAAAGGUCUAAUUUCGUUUGGUGUCUUCUCUGGUGAUACGGUGGUAGUUGCCGACAAGGGUGAAGACGGUAGAGCUAAGAAAUGGCAGACUCUACUAGAAGAUGCCCCAGACCAACUGCCAUACAAGCAACUUAUAAUCACCAACAACCUGAUCGCCGACCUCGACAAAGACACAUAUGCUUGGUAUGUUCGACAUGAUGCAGGAAAACAUGCCAGCAGCGAUCGACAUAUGCAACAAAAUCGUCACAGACCACCCAACAACAUAACCAACCAACAUCAUCUGCUUUUGCCACCAGUUACCCAUCUAACAUCCUUGCUAAUGUAUGCAGAAUGUAUGUAA